AUUUAAUAUGGUACCGCCAUACUGCCAUACCGCCAUACUGCCUGGUGAGACUUGUUCUUCUCAGCUAAUUACGCGGCAGCCAAGAGCAGCAUAUCCCAGCAUCCAGACAAUGUUAAUUUAACAUUUCAAUUGUGUGCGACCAAAUAAAUUUUCACAUAACUGCAAAAGUCGGUGUCCAGGCGGGGAGCGAAAAGCGAAUCGAUACCGAAUCGUAAAUGUCGCAAAAGUGAAAGGGCAAAGCUCGGGCUGGCUUGCCUCUGAGGUCUGGGGACCCUUUAAAUGGUUUAGCGGAAGAAUAACCUUUCUAAGUCGACACGAUAACUGCGCCAAAGUUGAAGCCAGGCACACGAUUUGCCGCCAGGUGGGCAAAAGUCAAACCCCGCCCCCGUGGCUCCACGGUACUGGUCCGCGCCAUGUGCUUGAUCGCUGGCCCAAACUAAAAACUUCCUCUGGCCGGGUCUCUCUUGAUCUGAAAUUAGUUUAUUGCCUCGACUGCGGCAUGUGAAGCAGGCGACAUUUGCCGCCGUUAAGCAGUAUAAAUGGCCAGAACUCCCAGCGAACGCUUGCAGUUUUGGUUACUUCUUCUAGCGCGAUCGUCGUCGAAGCCAACGAUACUCAGGCCACUCUUUACGUGGUGUCUGCUGAGUCUGUGACAACUGUGAGCGAGUGGAAAGGAUACCCCUGCAAGGACAUCGAUAUGCUGAAGAUUUCCCUACUGAGCGCCGUGCUCGGCAUCGCCUAUGCGGGCGUGAUUGGACCAUACUACGGCGGUCCAGCUGGUCCCGGACCGCUGCACCACUAUGGAGGAUAUGCUCCGCAGCACGGGCCUCUGCCUGGUCCCUAUGUGGCGCCUAAGCCGGCAGCUCCCGAACCCUACGAUCCCGACCCGAAGUAUUCCUUUGGUUAUGACAUCCAGGAUGGCUACACAGGUGAUCUGAAGUCACAGCAUGAGACGCGCCACGGAGAUGUGGUGAAGGGCAGCUACUCGGUUGUGGAUCCGGAUGGCACCAAACGCACCGUUGACUACACGGCGGAUCCCCAUCACGGAUUCAAUGCGGUGGUUCGCAAGGAGCCGCUGGCCUACAAGGCACCAGCCCACCUGGCACCUGUCAUUGCACCUGCACCCGCUCCAGUGCCGGCUCAUUACGGCCCAGCUCCGGCUCCUCCACUUCCGCCGGUGCCCAAGGCUCCUCUGCUUUCGUAUCCCCUAGCCUUGGGACCUUACCACCGGGCUGCUCCUGCACCAGCGCCUGGUCCCGCUCCUGCUUCUUCUCCAGCUCCGGUGUCUGUGCCUGUGGCUACUCCAGUCCUGCCCUCAGCCCACUUCCAUGCCGCCUACCCCGCCCUGGCCCACAGCCCCUAUGCUCACUAUCCGGCUCCUGGAUCAGCCCCCGCUCCAGUGGACCCCCAUGCCUACUACCAUCACUGAGGCCCCAGGGCUCUCAACUAUCUGAUCUGAUUUGAUUUGACUUCAUCUAUCGCACGCAGCUUACACUGAUCCAAAACUGAAACUCCGGCUAUAACUGUGCAAGCCCUGUACUCUCAAUAUCUUAUUCUGUGUUCUUCGAGGGAUUUGAUACCAAUCCAACAUGUAGAUUGAUUCUAAGAUACCCCUAGCCUAUGUACACGUCUUAAGAAUAUGUUGUUGAAUGGUUAGUCUAGGAAAUAAAACGAGAAUUGAAAAACCUAA